CCAUAGGAGUAUUUCCACAGCAUCUCAGAGAAGCACAACCUACUCUCUUUGCUGUUUCCCCUAACCUAUUUUAGGAAGAGGGGGUCAAUUUCCCUAAUGGAGAUUAUAUUAACUUAACUUAAAUAUAUAAAACAUAACAGCUGUGUCAGUUAUAUAUUUAUUUCUGUCUGUGCUACCCUGUUGUGGGUAUUUUUAUUUUACAUUGUUGUAAUCUGUCAUUUCUCUUAAACUCUCUCACACUUCAUGCAGCUGUUAUAUGCUGCAGUUUCAUUAGAAUGAAAAAAAAAAAUUCUUCUAACAUCAAAGUUUGCACCUGCAGCUAUUUGGAUUCUUAUGUAAUACAGAAUCUUCAUUUCCUCACUGAAACCAAAUAAUCCAAUUCCAGUGAAACCACUUGUAGACGUGUAGAUUGAACACACCUCGUAGUCUGUGUAGCACUAGUUAAUCGGCAAAAGGGUUGGUGACAAAAUGCUGCAUCACCUACAUUCAUUAUUCAAGUGAUCAUCUAUCUGUAGUAAAAAGAAAGAUUACCUGAUAAACCAACAAACAAGUGAAAAAGCACAAACUUAACAUUUCUACUGUGCUGUGCUUUAGGCUGUUUCUCACAAUAUUCUCACAGUAUCAGACAGAAAUUCUGAUCACAAAGUCAGUCACUUUGUCUACCAUUUUAAGGUGUAUAGUGUCCUGGAGAGUGCCAUGACAUUGUUUAUUUCAAAUAACCCACCCAAAAACAGAAUAAGGUGCAGUGUAAACCAGACUUUAUGCUAAGGUAUAAACAGUAAAAAAACACAUUUAAUUCAAACUAAAUUAUGACUAAUAUAACAAAUGACUAUAUGUAUAGGACUCAGGGAAAAAAAUAAUAUGAUGACCACACAACUCCCAGAGUCCACCCAAUACCCCACCAGAAACUUUAGCCGUCCUGUCGUAGUGGCUCUAUAGCUCAAGUGUCUGACUCAUUGGUUGAAUAUGAACACAUGGCCUUCCUGAGACCCAGUAAUUCAUUAUUUUUUAACAAGUUUUGAUCAUUUAUCUGAGACUAUACAUACAGUAUCUCACAGAAGUGAGUACACCCCUAACAUUUUUGUAAUUAUUUUAUUUUUUCAUGUGACAACACUGAAGAAAUGACACUUUGCUACAAUGUGAAGUAGUGAGUGUACAGCUUGUAUAACCGUGUAAAUUUGCUGUCCCCUCAAAAUAACUUAACACACAGCCAUUAAUGUCUAAACCGCUGGUCACAAAAGUGAGUACACCCCUAACUAAAAAUAUCCAAAUUGGGCCCAAUUAGCCAUCUUCUCUCCCCGGUGUCAUGUGACUCGUUAGUGUUACAAGGUCUCAGGUGUGAAUGGGGAGCAGGUGUGUUAAAUUUGGUGUUAUCGCUCUCACUCUCUCAUACUGGUCACUGGAAGUUCAACAUGGCACCUCGUGGCAAAGAACUCUCUGAGGAUCUGAAAAAAAGAAUUGUUGCUCUACAUAAAGAUGGCGUAGGCUAUAAGAAGAUUGCCAAGACCCUGAAACUGAGCUGCAGCACGGUGGCCAAGACCAUACAGCGGUUUAACAGGACAGGUUCCACUCAGAACAGGCCUCGCCAUGGUCGACCAAAGAAGUUGAGUGCACGUGCUCAGCGUCAUAUCCAGAGGUUGUGUUUGGGAAAUAGACGUAUGAGUGCUGUCAGCAUUGCUGCAGAGGUUGAAGGGGUGGGGGGUCAGCAUGUCAGUGCUCAGACCAUACGCUGCACACUGCAUCAAAUUGGCCUGUAUGGCUGUCGUCCCAGAAGGAAGCCUCUUCUAAAGAUGAUGCACAAGAAAGCCCGCAAACAGUUUGCUGAAGACAAGCAGACUAAGGACAUGGAUUACUGGAACCAUGUCCUGUGGUCUGAUGAGACCAAGAUAAACUUAUUUGGUGCUGCCAGCACUGGGGAGCUACAGUUCAUUGAGGGAACCAUGAAUGCCAACGUGUACUGUGACUACUGAAGCAGAGCAUGAUCCCCUCCCUUCAGAGACUGGGCCGCAGGACAGUAUUCCAACAUGAUAACGACCCCAAACACACCUCCAAGAUGACCACUGCCUUGCUAAAGCAUGUCUCCAGACCUAAACCCUAUUGAGCAUCUGUGGGGCAUCCUCAAACGGAACGUGGAGGAGCGCAAGGUCUCUAACAUCCACCAGCUCCGUGAUGUCUUCAUGGAAGAGUGGAAGAGGACUCCAGUGGCAACCUGUGAAGCUCUGGUGAACUCCAUGCCCAUAAGGCAGUGCUGGAAAAUAAUGGUGGCCACACAAAAUAUUGACACUUUGGGCCCAAUUUCAGGAAACAGGAAAGUUCUUCCAUCAUUUUUCCAUCAUGUCAACCAAAAAACAUACAAAUUUAGCAUGGUAACCACAAAUUGGGUAGAUCUGAGGGUAGAUCUGAGUUACUAUGAAAAGGAAAUUCCAGUUUCUCUGUCUGGAAUCAGUGCGCAGGAUGAUUCCAUGGAUGAUGGUUCUUUAUUUAUAUUAAAAAGAAGUUUGUAUUAAUACCUCUAGAUUUCAUAUGUGGGUCAAAUACAAGUUUAUUUUUCAUUUUCCAUCAUUUAUCUAUAUUUUCAGUUACAUAUAGUCAAUGUUAAAUAUAUUAUAGGAUAUUUAGCAAGAAAGUAAAUAGAAUAUAACAUCAAACUGCAAUUUUGUAAAAUAAAUAAAUAAAAAUCAUCUAAGGCGAUUUACAUUAUGACAGCGACAGUCCACCCGCAACACCCUGAAAUUAAGUGAACAUACAUACCACACUGAGAUUAAAUAAUUUAUGAAUAAGAAAAUGCAUCUAAUGUUAUGCAACAUAUGCAUCAUAGGGCUAACUGUGAUGGCCAGCACAUUUGUGUAGCCCAAUAUGUCCCAGUUUGGUUAAUUAUUCAUUUGUGAGUGUACAGUUACAAGCGCACCGUUGCCAUGGCUGCGUUAGAAACCUACCAUUGACUUCUUUCAAACGGAUGAGAAAUGGUCAUCGCCUGUGAUAUGUCCUUAACGCGUUUGGCUCAACACAGGAGUUCAGCACCAUGGACAAGAUCAACCAACAAAACUCCAUCUUAGAUCUGAAUUUCAUAAAGGAGAUAUAAAGUAAGUUCUCGCGCAUGGUGCAAACUGGAAAGGCAUAUGGAGAAACAGAACUGUCAUCAAUAAAAGAAUUAUAUAAAGCCCGGUUACUAAACAAGCAGGCUAGUAAGUCUACGCGACUAACAGUAUAAACUGUCUUGACCAAGGGCACAAUGGUGAUAGAACCCUCGUGCGGUUUGAACCAACAUCAUUUCAGUCAUCAGCCCGGAUAUUUAAUCACUAAACGACAGCACCCAGACACCGACGGUGAUGUUUAAGAAAAUCAACGCAGUUUUCCGUCCGAACCAUCUUGGGCCUCGCUCACGGGACAGGUUCCGGUCCAAUGAGGACUACCACAGCGCAUGCACCGUUAAACUGGUCCGGAGCACGUCGAUGCUCGUGGUCGGGGAGAGCAGUCGCGCGCAGCAGGAAUCCACACUAAAGAGGAGCGUGAGCGCCGUGAGUGUCCAGUCCAGCACGGCCCUGUACUACUACCAGAGUCGAGAGGACCGAGUAUGGCUCUAUUCCCAAAACCAGAACUGCUUAGAGUACUUACAGGAACUGGUCGCGCUCAGGCGUCAGUACACCAAGAGCAUUAAUGACCUCAAGAACGGCGAACGUAAAGAGACCGUGUCCCGCAAGAAGAACCCCGCACCCAAGCCACCGCAAAACAGAGCUGCACAGACUUCACGGCCUGAACCUUCUGCUCCACCAAUCCCAAAUGAGGAAGACACACUCCAGUUCUUUGAUGCAGUCAUUGCAAGCUGUGACCCAGAACCCAGUCGAAAACCACAUGUGGACAACGGGCAUGCAGAUGUGGACUUCAUAGUGGCAACCAGUACCAGUGAGCAUGACCUUCACUCUAACUGGGUGCUUCGGGACCCUCGUCGAAUCUCCAUGAUGGAGUCACAGCCCAAGAAUUCAGAUAACAGUCAUGGGCAAGCAGCCCAGCGAAAGGGAGACAUGGGAAGCACAGGCAGCAGGAGACGUCUACAACGAAACCCUAUCCACCUGCCAAAAGUGGUAGAGAGUGCCUUUCAGACUCUGCGCUUCAAACCCAAGCUCAAGAAGAAAGACUAGCUGCUUAAGCAACAGCUGUUAUUCCACUGUUUGUGCCCAGAGGACAACUAAAUCUUCACUCUUGUGUGAUCAAGUUGGACUUGGUAGAGGACUUGAGCUUUGUGACACAAUGUCAGUGCUUACUCACUGCCCAAGCUUCAUAAAUUAUCCACAGCAUAUCUUUUUCAGUAGCUCUUGAUAGCAAAUGCUUAAGGCCAUCAGCAGAGCGUAACCACUCUGCUUGACGUGGAAUCAUCCUGCGCACUGAUUCCAGACAGAGAAACUGGAAUUUCCUUUUCACAGUAACUGAGAUCUGAGGAUCACCUAUCUGAUGAACCAGUCAGAUAAUCAGACAGGGAUCAGACAUAUGAAUGAUCCACAACACAUCAAGGCCAAGGGGCCAGCUAUGUACUGCCUAUAUAGUUACGAUAAGUGAGAAGACUUUAUUAACCAAAUGCAAAACUAACACCUGCAUUUUCCACAUUUGUUAAAUCUAAUCUAAUACAGUAAAACUUUAUAUGACAUCCCUCAAGCUGGUAGUAGGUGCCUUCGUUGGUAGGUUUAUAUGUUCUUUUUUAUGAAUGUUUAUGGUGAUUUGUGAUUAUCUGCAAGUAUAUCAAUAAUCAAGAAAAGAAUGCUAAAUCGUGUUAAGUACUUGAACUAGUUUAAGUGAUGUAUUUCUACUAUUGAGACUGUUUUUUUUAGCCUUAAAACCUAUAAAGAGGAACUAGACACGUGUGAAUUCAGAGCUAAAUAGGGCUGGUUUCUUUUUUUGAAAAAAAGGAAGCAGGAAUUGGGUAUUACCCUUUCAACACCAAACCAGGUGCAAUGAGCUUUAUCAACAAAUAACAGAGAAUAAAGUUGUAGCAAGUUAACGACAUACUGACAACUGAAGUUAUCCUACAUCCUAGGCCAAAGAACAAUGUGUUUUAUUACAUACACUACCAUUUGAAUGUAUGGGGUUAGUAAGAUUUUUUUUAAUAAUUUAAUAUAUUCAGAAUGUAUUCAAUUGAUCAAAAGUGACAAUAAACAUUACAUUAUUAUUACAAAUUGCUAUUUCAAAUAAAUGCUGUUAUUGUGAAUUUGUCUAUUCAUUAAAGAAUCCUGAACAACCACAAAAAUAUUUAUAACGAAUAAUACUGAUAUAUUUAUAAAUAUUUAUAAAUAACAGCACAACUGUUUUCAACACUGAUAAUAUGAAGAAAUGUUUCUUGAGCAGCAAAUCAGCAUAUUAGGAGGAUCAUGUGACACUGAAGACUGGAGUAACGGCUGCUGAAAAUUCAGCUUGCCAUAACAAAUAAAUUACAUUUUAAAAUAUAUUAAAAUAGAAAACUGUUGUUUUAAAUUGUAAUAUUUCACUAUAAUACCUUUUACGGUAUUUUGAUCAAAUAAAUGCAGCCUUGGUGAGGAUAAGAGACUUUCAAAAACGUGAAAAAAAUCUUACCGACCACAAACUUCUGAACAUACUGUAUAUCAUUGUAUUGUGUAAAUGUCAAAAAUGACAUUUCUGUCAUUAAUUACUCACCCUCGUGUCAUUCCAAACCCGCUAGACCUUCGUUCGUCUUCUGAACACAAAUUAAGAUAUUUCUGAUGAAAUCCAAGAGGUUUCUGAUCCCCAAGAGAAAGCAACAUAAUUACCACAAUUAACACAUUUAAGGUCCAGAAAAGUAGUAAAGACAUUGUUAAAAAAGUCCACAUGACUACAGAGGUUCAACCUUAAUGUUAUGAAGUGACGAGAAUACUUUUUGUGCACAAAAAAAAAAAAAAAACUUUAUUCAACUUUUUUCAACAAUUUCUUCUCUUCCCUGUCAGUCUCCUACGCUGUUUACGUAGUGUCAGCGUUCUGACGUAGAACCUGGAAGCGCUGAACUGUCUAUAAAACAUAAACAGUGUAAGAACAGGGAAGAGAAGAAAUUGUUGAAUAAAGCCUUUAUUUUCUUGUUUUUGCGCACAAAAAGUAUUCUCGUCGCUACAUAACAUUAAGGUUGAACCACUGCAGUCACGUGGACUAUUUUAAAGGAUUAGUUCUAUGGAAUAAAAAGACUGUCAAUAACACGUGCAUAAAUCAAACCCGUACGUGCGUAAUUCUAAAAACUGUAAAAAGAAAAAAUAAAUAAAUAAAAUUUUUAAAAAAUGAGCGUAAUCGUGACUUUAUGAUGGUACGACUCCAGAAUCUAUAAUCAAAACAGAUACAGAUACGACAUUUGCCACGUUUGUUUGAGUACGACUCCAAAAUUUACGACUGGUGUAGUUUACACACACGAAACAUAGUUUUACGAUUGCUGGUUUACAAGUACGAAUCAAGAAGCGAAAAUCUACUGUCAAAAUUACGUCACCGCUGUCACAAGCAUUAACAUACGAGUGAGAGAUACAUCGAUAAAGUCACGAUUACGCUCAGUUAUUUUUUUUUUUUUUUUAGUUUUUAGAAUUACGCACGUACGGGUUUGAUUUAAUGCACGUGUUAUCAUUGACAGUCUUUUUAUUCCAUAUAGUUCACUUUCAAAUAAAAAUUACCCCAAGUUUUACUCACCCUCAAGCCAUCCUAGGUGUAUAUGACUUUCUUCUUUCUGAUGAACACAAUCGGAGAAAUAUUAAUAUCCUGAUGCAUCCGAGUUUUAUAAUGGCAGUGAAGAAAGUGCCUCCAUUCACAUCCAUCCAUCAUAAACAUACUCCACACGGCUCCGGGGGGUUAAUAAAGGCCUUCUGAAACAAUGCUUUCGCCAGACCGCCUUCCGUAUUCAACUUACGAAGAAAGUGUAAAAGUCUUGCAGUUCAAAAAGCUUAUGCUCCGUUCUAAGCCCUCCCUAUUCAACCUACAGAAAAGGCUUAACUGAAGUGACGCCAGUUCCGUUUUUUUUUUUUUUUUUUUUUUGUAAUAUGAAUACGAAAGGCGGUCUGACGGAAGUUAGAUAUUUUACAUCAUAACUUGUUAAAUAUGAUUUUUUUUUUUUAAACAAAUCGAAUCGCUUCGCUUCAGAAGGCCUUUAUUAACCCCCCGGAGCCGUGUGGAGUAUGUUUAUGAUGGAUGGAUGUGGAUGGAGACACUUUCCUCAGCUCAUACUCGUUGAUCUCGCACACUGCCAUUAUAAAGCUUGGAUGUGUCAGGAUAUUUAUUAAUAUUAAGUGUGUUAAUCAGAAAGAAGAAAGUUAUAUACUCCUAGGAUGGCUUGGGGUAAUUAUCAUUUGAAAGUGAACUAAUCCUUUAAAGAAGUCUUUACUACUUUUCUGGACCUUGAAUGUGGUAAUUACGUUGCUUUCUCUUGGGGAUCAGAAACCUCUCGGAUUUCAUCAAAAAGAUCUUAAUUUGUGUUCUGAAGAUGAACUAAGGUCUUACGGGUGUGGAAAGACAUGAGGGUGAGUAAUUAAUGACAGAAUUUUCAUUUUUGGGUGAACUCUUUAAGCACAGCACAUGGUGAGCAGCAAAUAAAUGAAACAAUAGAGCAGAA